ACCUUUCGGUGACCGCAGUCGUGGACAGAAGACAGCACUGUCGCUCGUGGCCCGGGCAAGGCGGACCGGAGUGCGGGGCCGGCUAUGAAGUCUUACACUCCAUAUUUCAUGCUCCUGUGGAGUGCUGUUGGAAUAGCAAGGGCUGCUAAAAUCAUCAUUGUGCCGCCAAUUAUGUUUGAAAGCCAUUUGUACAUUUUCAAGACACUAGCAUCGGCCUUGCACGAGAGAGGCCAUCACACCGUGCUCCUCCUCUCAGAAGGCAGAGACAUUGCCCCAUCUAAUCACUACAGCCUCCAGCGGUACCCAGGCAUCUUCAACAGUACCACCUCAGAUGCUUUCCUGCAGUCUAAAAUGAGGAAUAUUUUUUCUGGGAGAUUGACAGCAGUUGAACUGGUUGACAUACUGGAUCACUAUACUAAGAAUUGUGACAUGAUGGUUGGCAACCAAGCCCUAAUCCAGGGUUUAAAAAAAGAAAAGUUUGACCUGCUACUGGUUGACCCCAAUGAUAUGUGUGGAUUUGUGAUCGCCCAUCUUUUAGGCGUUAAGUAUGCUGUAUUUUCUACUGGCCUUUGGUAUCCUGCUGAAGUAGGAGCACCUGCUCCUUUAGCUUAUGUCCCAGAGUUUAACUCACUCCUCACAGACCGCAUGAACUUCCUGGAAAGGAUGAAAAAUACUGGUGUUUACCUCAUAUCCAGAAUAGGGGUUAGCUUUCUGGUUCUCCCGAAAUAUGAGAGGAUAAUGCAGAAGUACAACCUGCUGCCUGCAAAGUCCAUGUAUGAUUUGGUUCAUGGGUCCAGCCUAUGGAUGUUAUGUACUGACGUAGCACUGGAGUUUCCAAGACCAACGCUGCCUAAUGUUGUGUAUGUUGGAGGAAUCCUGACAAAGCCGGCCAGCCCACUGCCAGAAGAUCUGCAGAGGUGGGUAAGUGGUGCUCAGGAACAUGGCUUUGUCCUGGUGUCUUUUGGAGCUGGUGUCAAGUAUCUGUCAGAAGACAUUGCCAACAAACUGGCAGGAGCUCUGGGGAGAUUGCCUCAAAAAGUGAUUUGGAGAUUUUCUGGAACCAAACCAAAGAACCUAGGAAACAACACUAAGCUCAUAGAAUGGCUGCCUCAAAAUGACCUGCUUGGCCAUUCAAAUAUCAGAGCCUUCCUAAGCCAUGGUGGUUUGAACAGUAUAUUUGAAACUAUGUAUCAUGGUGUCCCUGUAGUGGGAAUCCCACUGUUUGGAGACCAUUAUGAUACUAUGACUAGAGUACAGGCAAAAGGCAUGGGGAUCUUGUUAGAAUGGAAUACAGUUACUGAAGGAGAGCUGUAUGAUGCCCUGGUGAAAGUUAUCAAUAAUCCCAGUUAUCGGCAGAGGGCUCAGAAGUUAUCGGAAAUUCACAAGGAUCAACCCGGCCACCCUGUCAAUCGGACUACCUAUUGGAUAGACUACAUUCUUCGCCAUGACGGAGCCCGUCACCUCCGUUCUGCUGUCCAUCAGAUCUCUUUCUGCCAGUAUUUCCUACUGGAUAUUGCCUUUGUGCUUCUGCUUGGUGCUGUCUUGCUCUACUUCAUAUUGUCCUAUGUGACAAAAUUUAUCUAUAGAAAAAUCAAAAGUCUAUGGUCUAAAAAUGAGCAUAGCACAGUUAAUGGACAUUACCAAAAUGGAAUCCGCAAUGGCAAAUACAAAGGCAAUGGUCGUGUUAAACACGAAAAGAAGGUGAGAUGAUCCGACAGCCCAGGUGAAGGGGCCAAGUCUGUAGUGCUAUUCUUUAGUCUAACAGCUACUAAAAGUAAAUGUCAGCAAACAGUCCUAACAUGCCCUCAUCAGAUCUUAUUAAUGAGAUUCCAUGGAUAAAAUGUCUGUAAAGAGCACAACCCUAAAUGCAAAAAUGUAUUUUAUUCUAAUACUGAUGCAGAGAGUUGGCAGUGAACCAUUUAGAAGCCUUAAUUAUUUAAAUCAAUUAAGUGACGUGUCAGACCUUAGUUUUAAAUGUUAUGUAUGUGUUACAGGUGAGGGAUGGUGUUUUUCUCUUGAUAAGAUGUGUGUAUGUUUCCUACGUCAUUGAGUUUUAGCUUCUAUUUGUAUUUAGUUUGUAACAGUAUUUCAAAAACUGUUUCCUAAACUCGGUGUAAAGUGGCAAGUGAAAAGAUGGGUGGCACAAUUUUUGUAUUUUUGUUUAUUAUAGACAUUUUUAUUUUAUUUUUAUUUUUUGUAAAUGCUUUUUUCUUACCAACUAUAGACACUUGUGAAGGAAAACAUGCAAUGAAGUAAAUGAGUGAAAAGGUUUUCACAUUUUGCUAAUAUUUUUCUCCUACCAAUGAUUUUUCUCUGGAAGAAUUUUCUAAUUAGGACAGAGCAACAAAGCUCUUACUUUUGUUCAAAGUACUGAAGAUUAUUGCUUAAAUAGCACUUGGAAGCAGAGCCAUGUGUAAAUGCUUAUUUGACUUAGAUAUUCCAGAAUUUGAGUUUUGAGUAUUCAGGUAUCACUUCUAAAGUUUUAACUUUAGAAUAAUCACCUUUCAUUCCUUUUAUUAUCUGGGCCACAAUAUAGUAUAUAGUAUAUAGGUGCCAACGUAUCCUUCUUCCAAACAGAACAUUUGCAGUUCUCCUUGCUGCCUGCUUUAGCUGCAGGAGUUUGAGGUUUGUCAGCAAAUAAGACUUUACCUGCUACACAGAAAUGACAGAAAUUGUACCACCCAUUUGUGCAAAUGAGUUUCCAUUCCCUCCUCACUACAUCAGCCCAACUCAGUAGCCUUUUUUGUCAUUGUGCUUGACAUGGGACAAUGACAGUAUCUGUUUGGAACAUGGAGACAAGUCACAACUUUCAUAAAUUCAGGACCUCCAUGUUGAACCACUUACUAAAUGGCACUGUAAGCUUAUUCUAUGUCACUCUGUUUACUGAGCAUUUGCACUGCACAUGCUCUGUGUGUGCAUUAUUUAUUUGUGGUUGGAAAUCCCAUAUUUGACACUUGAGAGUAGAGAAAUGAAAUAUUUACUUAAUGUCACUCACUAACAUGGCAGAGUUGUGAAAAAUCUAGAAUGCUGUAAAUCCUUGUCAUACACUGUGACAUACAACUUUGUGACACUCCCACCAGGAGCCAGUCUCAUAUACUUAGAUUUAAUAUCAAUAGUUUUUUAAUGCACAAUGCAUACAGCGUACUGCUUUCUGAAUACUUGAAAUGGUAUCUAUACAAACCUGUUAGUUACACCUUUUCACAAUCUUAUCACAACAUUGCCAUUCAAAGAGGAAAAUGAUCAGGCAAUGAAUGGUGGGUGGUAACAGAGCAUAGAGUGUAUGAAUGAGUUGAUUUUACUUUUGGCAUUUGGUAAAGUUGACAAUAGACACUAACUGGAUGAUUAAGCAUAAGUUAAUUUCCACUGUGGUUUAAAAAAAAAAGAAACUUAAAACAAUAAACAAAGUUGAAAAUAGAGAAAUGUUGUUGGAAUAAAAUUUUUAUUCAGAUUUUAUUUCACAGUAUUAUAUAAAGGUAUAUUUACAUUAUAAACAUGUUUCUAAGGCCUCCCAACUUUUGUAUGUAUAUAUGAAUGUGAAAACAAUGUAUUAAAUGUGAGAACAUAUUUAAUAAAAAUUAAAUGCAGGGAUUUAUCCUUUAAAGUACAUCAACACGGAUCUUUAAGUUCUAUCCCAGAAUUAAGAAUGUUAAGUACAACUCCUCUCAUUGUUUGUUUGUUUUGUUUUGUUUUGUUUUGUUUUGUUUAGCAUUUUGUUGUUCUUCUCUAUCAUCCCCUGCCCUGGACUCCCAGGAAGCUUACUAGCCUGUUAUAGUAAAUAGGAUGAUUUAACAUUUUCUAUACUUGGGCUAAAUUCUCUAAGGAAGUAAGGUUUUCAAGAAGGCAUUUAUUCAUUUACUUUUCAGAAAGAGUCUCUGCAGCAGCAAGUGCUUCCAUGGCUACUUUAUCACAUGAAAACUGGGAUGUUUUUCCUUCUAAAUUGGUAAUAUGUAAUAUCUCAUUAAUAGCAUAAGACAAGAAUUUUGAUAAGAUUUGGUAAAUCUUUGGAAAGCGCUUGUAUUCGUUGCAAGUAGUACUAUAUUAUUGAACUUGAAGAAAAGUAGAUAUUUUCCUCAAAUCUCAGACUUUUACUAAAGCCUAAAUUACCACUGUUCAUACUGGGGCCUUGGGUUGAUCCCCAGACUAUCUCAUCCCCCAUGACUCACCAAAGAAGAAACGAAGGAAGUUGCAAAGUAUCGUCAAGUACUAAUUUAGUGAUCUGUUUUAUCGAAAGUAUAGCCAAUUAAUUUCUUUGCUGUAGUAAUUAAAUAAGUUCAUAGAUGUCACAUUUAACAAUGUUUAUUACUAUCAAUAAUAAUAUGAAGGGGAACACUCAAAAUCUUACAAGUUGUAAUGGGGAAAUUAUAGGAAAUCUGUUGUUAAAAAUCUCCUCAAUAUAAGCCUUAAAGCAUUUCUUGUUCUGCUUGCAAGACUAGUUUACCCAGCUUUUAAAGAAGUAUACUUACUAUCUAUAGAUAUGCUCUUUGUAUUUUUGGCAGACUUAGAUAUUUUUUCCUGACACAUUAUAGUAAGAAGUUCUUGGAGUUCACACAGGUAAACCAUCUACAUGGUUAUCUAGCUGAAAACUCUCCAAACUAGUAGGUUUCCAGCUACUGGGGGUGUUUGUGGGAUGGACUUACGGAUGUUAGCAGUAGGAGGUAGCACAAAUCUGUAGGUAUGGAAACAAAAAGUCACAUGAUAGUGUUAUCAUAUCAUUGGGGUCAUUCAGAUGGAUUUUAAAGAAAGAAUUCACAUUAUAGUCUGCAAAUUUUUUGAAAAUAUACUCUAUAAGACAAGAGUUCUUAAUUAGAGUAUAAUCCAAGUUUUGACUGAUGAAUCACAGCCACAUGCAAAAUUAUACUAUGAGACCUAGAAAGGGGAAAACUUUUGAUAUGUAAAUAAGGAAAAUAUCUAAUUUUUUAAAAAUGUAAGUUAAUGGAAAUAAGUCCAAUACCAACAUUAGCCUUAUGGAUUUACAAUACGUCUGAUAGGACAGAGAAAUUUCAUGUAUGGAAAUUGUUUAAUUUAUGAACUAAUAUGGAAUUUUCCACUGACUUGUAGAGAGUUAACGGGAUUAUACUUACUUAGCUUCUACCGUCACUUGUACUUUUCCAUAUCCUACUUUAUAUAAGUGAUAAUUUCCUAUUGCAAUGAGCAGAACUGACAUAGGCUUCGUUGAACCAGUGUUAAUUACCCAGUUUCAAAUGAUAGCUUUUGUGGAACCAUUCCUUGGUUUUAAUAUUGGGAUUAUAUUUUCUUUUAAGGCAAAGGCAAAAUUUAAAACUCCAUGCAAUGAAGAAGAGUUUUGUUCUUGGCAUCCUUUAUGAAACUUGUAACACUUUAGUUUCAGGAACUACUACAGUGUUACGUAGCAUAGAGUUUAGAGUUGGUACAGUAGAAUGUCUAACCUACUGUAAACAUGCUUUCUAUAUUAUCUUGAAAAUUAUCCUUCAGUUUUUCUCAGAAUUUUGUCUCAAAGUACACAUAAUUCUAUGCUUUUAUAGAAAAUGGGGAUACUGGGGCUUAAAACCAUUGGUAAAUUGCAAGUAGAAUUCAACUCAGCAGUGCUUUGUGCUGAGGUAGCUCUGAAUGGCAGUCCCCAAUGGCAUGUUGGAAACCAUCAGUUCUACUUCUAAUCUUGAUUCUGUCUUCUAAUUUGAUCAAAAGAUUGAACUUACAAAUACUGGGGCAAUGAGAACAGUUUGAAUAUUUAAAAAAAGGCUUAUGAGACUCAAGAAGUAAACAAAACAUGCAAGGCUUAGACAGCUCAUGAAAAUUACAAGGUUCACAAGAUGCUCCUCAAGGAAUAUAAGCAACAACAGUUGAUGGGGUCAAGAGAUUCACUCACCAAGCUAUACAGGGAAUGGAGAUUUGUGACUGUCAGCCAUACUAGGUGACCUUUGGAUGAUGCUUUCCUGUUACCAUGCUGCUGUUAGUAACCCCCACAAAGUCACUGGUUGACUAAAUCAUACAUCAGUCCCUACCUGAGGUGAAUUGACAUUUUAUUACAUCUCUCCAGGAAAAGUUACCCAAUAUAUAUUCAAAAAGAAUUAAAAUACUUAUAUAAAUUUAUUGUUGGUUCGUGCUGGGGUCCAGCCCUGGUGCAGUUCAAAAUCCAAAGAAGGGUGUGUGGAGUCAGGAAACGAAGACUUGGACCAAGAAGUGCAAUUCACACAUGCUGGCACUGAGACAACUCAGGCUGCCUUUAUUUAUACAUCUAUCUUUUUCACAGAUGAAAAGAUUUUACAUCAGUUUUCUUAUUUUCUCAUGUAUAGUCUCUCUUAAGAAUUUCUUAUAUUUAACAAUAUUAUAGACUAUGUUUUUCCUUUCUUCUCCUCAAUUCCUGUAGUUUUCUGCUAAAACAUGAGCUAACUCAAGAAAGAGGAAACAGUUAAUAGCUAACCCAGCACAUUGGUGCAUAACCAAUUGACAGUUUUAGCAGUUAUUGCAGUUACAGUAUAGAGAGGUGAUAAACUGCAUAUCCAGAAAAUUAAACUGUAAACCAUAUGUAGAUUCUAAAUAUUUGUAGUGUUUUCUGUAACUGAAUUUAAAUGAUAAUGAGACCUAGUCCACCUGCAGUUUUGCAGAAAAUUAAGAGAAGUGAAUCAUUUAUUUGGAUGCCUCAGCCAAUGUCAUACAUGUAAGGGGAUGGAAAUGUCAGUUUGUGCUUGUUUAGAGGCAGUUCUGAGGUUUUCAUAGGUGUUGGGUGAUCUAGCUCAGAUCCUGUACUGUUGGUCGACAGUGCCCAGUCUUCCCAUCCUGUUUGCUCUCAUUUUUCUGCUUCUGGAUUUUCUGUUUUCUUCCUUAGCUCUUGUGUAAGUUAAAAGUUUUGUAACUCACUGGCAAUCCUAAGUGUAGGAUGUACAGAUUUUGUGUGUGUAUGUGUGUGUGUGUGUGUGUGCACAUGCACACACAUCUAGAAACGAUGUUUUGAAGACAAUAUACUUAAGACAACUAGAAGUUAAAACAUUCAAAAGUUCAGAGCAAAUGUCCAUGUAUUAACAAUAAUGUGCAAGAUAAACAUCCAAUCUAAACAUUCUAAGGCCCAUCAUAUGAGGGAGGGAGUAGUGCUCAUAUGGUCACUGGGAGGAAGACGACCAAUGUGUGAACACGUCUUUCCUUUGGGUUUCCAUGGUAAUCUCUGUGGCACUGUGCCAGUUGUGUGGGGACAUAGCUGCAUGAUUUCUAAGCACUCAAGCAAUAUGCACAGCCCUAUUUUGCCUUCCACUUGAUCAGUUAUGAUUCUGACGUUGCUAUCUUGUUUUUCCUUCCUUCUCCAUGAAGACACCCACAAAUGUUAAUUGUGUUUUUAUAAAAGACUCUUGUACUAUGAAAUGUGUUCAGUUCUGAGUAUGUGACUGUCAUCUAGCUUCAUUCACAUCCCUAGUGUUACUGAGGAUGCUAGAAGUGCAGCCAGCUAUCUGGAGAGCCCCAGGAAAUCCUAGAUAAGAGGCAGCCAUUCAAAACUUACCCAAACUUUGUAUUUCAUGAGGAUAAAAUUGUGUGU